AUGGCCCACCGCUGCUACAUCAUCCCGCCUCACCUCCUUAAGGCCAUCUCCGAAUCCUCUCACAACUCCGAUGCCAUCCGCCAGUCAGCUCGAGCUGCCCUCAUCUCUCACGAAACGCAUUCCGCCAAACGCAGGCUACACCUCGAGGCCGUAGUGCAGAGCCGACGCGCCAGCCGUGCUCCGCCGCCUACAAGUCCCUUUGUUCCCUCCUCUGUUCUUCGCUCCCUAUCCCAGUCUGAGCAUGUGGACGAGGAGGCUCGAGCGCGUGCCGCCAAGGACCUCGAACAUGCUCUUUACCUUGAGGCUCGAGCAAAAGAGGGCAUUGAAGCGGCUCAGCCGGAUGCCGAUGCAUCAAAGUCAACGACAAAGCGAUCCGUGUACGACGCCGAGCACACCUCGAGCGAGGGCAAGCUGCCUGGCAAGCUUGUCCGGGCCGAGGGUAACAAAGCGGUCACGGACAAGAAUGUCAAUGAGGCGUAUGACAAUGUCGGAACUGUCUUGCAGUUCUAUAAAGACAAGUUCAAGUGGAUUUCCAUAGACAACAAGAACUCGGACGUCAUCAGCUCUGUCCACUUUGGAGACAUGUACGAGAACGCUUUCUGGGAUACCGAGGAGCGGCAAAUGGUGUUUGGAGAUGGCGGCGAGUUCCUGGGCAACUUUGUUGGCAGCAUCGACGUUAUCGGGCACGAGUUGACGCACGCAGUUACAGAGCAUACGAGUCCCCUCAAUUAUCAGGGACAACCGGGUGCUCUGAACGAGCAUGUUUCUGACGUGUUCGGCAUCAUGAUCAAGCAAAAGGUCCAGAACGAAACCGCAGCCAGUGCCGACUGGCUCAUCGGCGAAGACUGCAUUCUCCCAGGCGUCAAAGGUGUUGCCCUCCGAAGCAUGAAAGCCCCGGGAACGGCGUACAACGAUCCUCGUUUUGGUAAAGAUCCCCAAGUCGACAACAUGAAGAACUAUACACCAACAUUCGAGGACAACGGCGGCGUCCACAUCUUCUCUGGCAUUCCCAACAAAGCCUUUUACCUGGCGUCCAAGGCCUUUGGCGGCUACUCGUGGGAAAAGGCCGGGCAGAUCUGGUGGAAGACGAUGCGCAGCGGCCAGGUGUCCGAGAACAGCACGUUCCUCCAGUUUGCCGACGUGACCGUGGACGUUGCAAAGAAGGAGUUUGGGGCCGAUGCCGCCAAGACGGUUCGCAAGGCCUGGGAUGAUGUUGGCGAAUACUCUUGUCAAUCUUCCCCUCAAACUGCGGGAAAGCCAGACACGCCAAAGCAUAAUGACAUUCGACUUCGAUACCAGCUGUCGUUGCCGACCCUCAGAUCGCUCUCUACGAUCGACAAAGCGCCCGAUCGCCGAAAGGUUCUCGAGAUUGCCUGUCACGCAGCAGAGUUUCGGUCCUUCCCAAUAAAGCAAGAUCAGAAAAACCUCUUUCGAGAGAUCAACGACCACACAGGCAUCCCGUACCCGAUCAGUGGCCUUGUCACCGAGUCGUGGCAGAAGGUGUUUCUGCUCAUCCAGAUUGAUCUCUCGCGAGGGGGGUGGCCCAACAAAAUCUCUGCAAACGGCCGCAAAGAGCUGAUGAGAGAGAGCGGCCGCAUAUACGUCGUGCUGGAUCGCGUGCUGAGAUGCCUUGCCGACAUCUUUGGCGAGAGAGAGGACGGCAGAGGAGUCACCGUCACUCUCGAUGUCCUCAGGAGCGUCAAGGCGAAGGUGUGGGAGGGCACCGAACUCGAAUUGCUACAAGUCGAAGGAAUUGGCGCGGCCAAGAUGAAGCGCCUCACUGAUGCGGGCAUCAAGACCAUCAAGCAACUUGCUGGACUGGAGUUUUAUCAUAUCGAACGACUUCUCAGCAGAAAUCCACCCUUUGGACAUCAAAUGCUCACUCAACUGUCGGGGUUCCCACUCCUACACAUGCAACUUUCUGUGAUUUCCGAGUACAUGCCCGCGCAACGAGAUGGCAAGCAAGACAAAGGCACAUGUCCCCUCCAACAGUCUUGGAUCACUAGGGUUCUGUUGGGAUAUAGCAAUGACGCUCUGCCAACCUGGUGCAAACGGAAUCCCUGGGCGACUCUGGUGAUUGAAGGGGAUGAUGGCCGGCUCUUGUGGUUCUGGAGGGGGAGCGUGAAAAGGAUGGAGACGACCAAGAUCAUGUUCGUCCGCUUGGACGCUAAAAAGGGGGAGAAUGUCAAGGCCACCUUUGCCUGUGAAGGGAUCGUCGGGACUCUCAUACGAACGACACUGGCCGUUUAG